GUCAGAUUCUGGCAGUGGCAGUCACAGUCAGUGAAGUUCUAAACAUUUGGAUCGACAAAAGGCAGACGACAAAUUUCCAAAAUGUCACUCAAAGCCGUCGUAGGACAAAAGAUCAUGAACGACGUGAUUAAGCAGAAGAAGGGUGCGAAGGAGGUCCAAUGGAGGGUGUUGGUUGUGGAUCAGCUGGCGAUGAGAAUGGUGUCAGCGUGCUGCAAGAUGCAUGAAAUAUCUGCCGAGGGGAUAACAAUUGUGGAAGAUAUCAACAAAAAGCGAGAACCUCUGUCCACAAUGGAGGCAGUCUAUCUGAUAACGCCCUCGGAGAAGUCGGUCCACUCCUUGAUGAACGACUUUGGCAGUCCUAACCGCACCAUGUACCGCGGUGCUCAUGUUUACUUUACUGAAGUCUGCCAAGAGGAAUUGUUCAACGAACUCUGCAAAUCAUGCGCUGCCAAAAAAAUUAAGACCUUAAAAGAAAUCAACAUCGCAUUCUUGCCUUACGAAAGCCAGGUGUUCUCUCUGGACUCCCCUGAGACAUUCCAGUGUGUUUACAACCAGACCUUUGCUGGUAAUCGCGUGGCCAACCUAGAGAGGAUUGCGGAGCAGAUAGCUACUUUGUGUGCAACUCUCGGGGAAUACCCGUCUGUGCGCUUCCGAUUUGACUUUGAGAAGAACGCAGAGCUAGCGCAGUUGGUGCAGCAGAAGCUGGACGCGUACAAGGCCGAUGAGCCGACCAUGGGGGAGGGUCCGGAGAAGGCUCGGUCCCAGCUGAUCAUACUGGACCGAGGGUUUGACUGUGUGUCUCCUCUACUGCACGAGCUGACACUGCAAGCCAUGGCCUACGACCUGCUGCCGAUAGAGAAUGAUGUCUACAAGUAUGAGGCAUCAGCUGGAGCACCGGAAAAGGAAGUGUUACUUGAUGAAAACGAUGAAUUGUGGGUAGAGCUGCGCCAUCAGCACAUUGCAGUCGUCUCUACCAACGUGACGAAAAAUCUGAAGAAGUUCAUAGACUCGAAGAGGAUGCCGGCUGGAGACAAACAGUCGAUGAGGGAUCUUAGUCAGAUGAUCAAGAAGAUGCCUCAGUACCAGAAGGAGCUGAGCAAGUACUCCACCCACCUUCAUCUAGCGGAGGACUGCAUGAAGGCCUACCAGGGCUACGUUGAUAAGCUGUGCAAGGUCGAACAGGAUCUGGCUAUGGGUACAGACGCUGAAGGAGAGCGCAUCAAAGACCACAUGCGCAACAUCGUCCCCAUCCUGCUGGACCAAGCCGUCACCAACUACGACAAGAUGAGGAUUAUCCUUCUGUAUAUCCUCAGUCGCAACGGCAUCUCAGAGGAGAAUCUCAACAAGCUGGUGCAGCACGCGCAGAUCCUACCGCAAGAGAAGCAGGCUAUAGUCAACCUUGGCAACUUGGGGGUCAACGUGGUUGUCGAGGGCAACAGGAAGAAGAUGUAUCAGAUCCCUCGUAAGGAGCGCAUCACAGAGCAGACGUAUCAGAUGUCUCGUUGGACUCCGGUAGUGAAGGAUCUCAUAGAGGACGCUAUUGAAGACAAGUUGGACACCAAACACUUCCCUUACCUCGGCGGCCGAACAGCUCCUUCAGGCUACCAUGCUCCCACCAGUGUUCGCUACGGACACUGGCACAAGGACAAACAAGGGCAGCCAACCGUGAAGAAUCUUCCUCGCAUCAUCAUCUUCUGUGUCGGAGGCGUCAGCUUCUCUGAGAUCCGCUGCGCUUACGAAGUCACUGCUGCCAACAAGAAUUGGGAAGUCAUUGUUGGAGGAUCUCACAUAAUGACGCCAGAAGACUUCUUGAGCAACUUGGCCAACCUGAGUACCUAAGCUGUCACUGCUGCCAACUGUUGGUAUAUAAACAUUCCUUCACUGUUAAUCCACCACCUUAUAUUCAUAUUAUGUUUGCUAUUUUAGCAUCACCCUAGUACUUUUGCUUAAAGUAAGAUCAGAGGGUUUAUCUGGAAAUUAUGUAGGUAUUUGAGUGUUUGACUUAAGAGAAAUUAUGGUCCAUUGACACAAAAUCAAUUGUUUUAGUAAUUUUCUUCCUAAAUGCUGAAUUGUGUAAUAUAUUAUGUCUGGAAUAUUUUGGACUCAAAUUACAAUUGGACAUCAAUUUGUGUUUUUGCAGGUUUUUUGUUUCUUUUUGGUGAUUAAUUGCAGAUAAUGGGAUUUUUGUGACACAAAACCAAAGAACUUGGAUUUGUAGUAUUACUUAAAUCAUCACUUUUGCUCUAAGGUCCUUAGUAUUAUUUUUACUAAAACCAGUUUUUAGCCUUUAUCAACCCAAAUUUUGGAAACUUUUACUCUCAUUUCUACCUCUUUAGGACCUAAAAAGGUGUAAAAACAUUUCUUUACUUAAAAAAAAAAAAAAAAAAAAAUACUUCUGAUUGAUGCUAUGGUUCUAUUAUUAUAUAGUGAAAUAAAGAAUCCUUUUUAAUUUGAAUAAAAUUAUGUUUUCUGCUUGUUAUAGUAUUGCCAAAUAAUAGUUCUUGGCAGAGUUUAAAGCAUAAGUGAUAAUGUUAUCAUUACAUACAACUAGUGUGAGAAUCGCUUUGGCGCAAUUCUUGGAAUUACAUCUUUCAGGAUUUCUGGUAGAUUAGCUUCUAAUUAUGUGAGAAGGUCGUAGGCAGUGUCAGAACGUCAGUAUGCAAACCUUAUUACUAUUAAAAUGUGAAUAGUUUUUAGGAAAGAGGAUAACUUUUACAACCAAACGUUUGAUUUUAAAUAAUAGUUUGUAAUUUGUUUGUGUUACCUUUGGAAAUAUUCCGACGAAGAAUAUUUACCUCCCCCCCAAUUUUCCAUAACCCCCCUAAUUAUAUAAAACUCCCCUUUACGAAUAACAUAACUUCUACUUGUAUUCAUACUAAUUACUCCAUUGUUCGUUUUAGAAAUAUACAUACACAUAUUUAUUUUAAUUUUUUCACCGUUAAAAUUUGCGUUUUUUAUGUUUAAGUUUUAGUACUUACUCGUCUGGUGGUCAGUAACCAAAAUAAUUUUUAGAAAUAAAAAAAGCAUGGUUACUUUUAUUUAAUGUAAUUAAUUAAGCGAUUUAAAAAAUAUAUACUAGAUAGUGUUGGGUUGAAACUAUUUUAUUUAUCGAUGUGUGUUGUUCAGACAUUUACAAGCAAUAAAAAUCAGUGGCAUAGCCAGGGAAGUUAAGAGGACCCUCCAAUUAAAGUAAGAAACAUAAGUGUUUAGCAAAAUAAUAAAUCAGUAAAAGUUAAUAACAUAAUUGAAUGUAAUUUGAAAUUUUUUAACCUGAGUUUUAGAAGAGAUUUGAAAUUGUACGUGAGGAGGGCCUCCAACCUCCCUUUAGCUUACCCCAAACAAUUAUCAAUGUCCCCAAAAUUCCGAGCUGGCUACACCACUGAAUCAUACAAUAAGUUUCCGUUUGUAGAAAAAAAUCAUUUGGCCUGUAGAUUCUCAACAUUUUAAUGCUCUCGGUGACUAGUUAAGCUAGAUGCAGUUCUCUUUGAAGUAUUAAUAUUUUAUAUUCGCUUCAAUACUAGAGUUUUAGAGCUUGGUGUCUGUGUUCCGUGGAUUACUCGUGAAACUCGUCUUUUUGUGCUCUCAUUGUACAUAGACUCUCAUUCGAUUUUUGCCUUAGUAGAUAUUUUAGAGAGCCUGGGUUGGUAAAAAUUUAUUUAUGAAUGAUAUACUAUAUAAAAUGCAAUCAUAAAAAUUGUUUUGCCAAGUCAAUCUGAAUGUGUGUAGAGUAUUUUUGUUUUAAAAAUAAAAAAUGUUAAAGUUAAAAAAUUAUUAAUAGAGUUGUCAUCUGUUUAUUUACAAGAUUUUAUUUUUUUGAGCAUUUAUUUAUCCGUAGUUGCUUUAGUAUUACAUUAAUUUUACUGUUUGUUUUUACAAACUUUAGAGGGGUCUAUGUAUUUUGUUAACUGUUAAAACAUUCUUGUACGUUUUUUAAGUACUUAUUUUGUAGGUAAUCAUACAAUACAAAACCUUGAGGUAAUAUUGUAUGGUUAUUUUAUAAAGCGUGUUCCAGAACUUUCCUGGUUCCUUGUAUUUAGACAAACAUAAUAUUGACACUAGAUAUAGUUAAAAUAUCUACAGUUAGGAUUUAAAGAUUAUAAGUAAUAGCAGAUUCUUAGUAAAAUAAUAUAUUUUACCAAGAAUGUCUAUGGUCUGAACUAUAUUUAUCUAAAAUUUCCAAGCAAAUGUUUGUCUAGAUCUAAGGAACACAUUCACAAAAGAUGACUCUGAAGUUUGAACACCUGUAUUUUAGUAAUACACAAAGUUCAAUUACUAGAAAUUGUUCAUAGAUAAAAUUGCUUACAAAAAAAUUUAGUUACGUUAAAUAUAAACUAAAACUGUAUGAUUGCUAGCAGACUGUUAGCGUAUGUAAAUAUUUUGAGUAGUUUAUUACAAAAAAAUAUAUUGUCCAGUUAAAACCAAUGUGUUACUAUAGAACAUCGAUUUCGGAGUUUAGGCUUUUGUUACUAGUCUUGCCAUGCCUAUUUACCUGUUCGUAAAUAUAUUUCACUGAAUUGUAUAGUAUUAUUUAUUCACAUUAGGAAGGUUGCACCAUUUUUCUCAAGGCGUGUUUAGAGAACAAAUAAACUGUUAUUGUUAAGUUGAAUCAAAUAGAGUUGAAUUAUGUGUAUAGUAUCGUUCUUAGAUUGGGUAAGGCAUGAUUCUAACAAAGAUGCUACGUUGGUAUUGUUAAACUUUGUGUUAGUAUAUUAAAAUAUGAAAAUAAAUUAUGCUAGUCAUUUCAACUA